GAUGCCUGGGAUGGCUGUAAACCACCAUACACCAAACAUAACGGAUGUUCAGAUCCAAGUCAGCCAGAACACAGAGGCCCUGAAGGGAGCCCCGACAGAGGUGGAUGACCUGCGCAGACAGCUUCAAACCAUGGAGAUCGAGCUGGAAUCACAGAGGAGCAUGAAAUCCUCCCUGGAGGGCACGCUGAGGGACACAGAGAUGCGUUAUAACAUGGAGAUCGAGGCACUCAACACCAUUCUCCUGGGUCUGGAGGCCGAGCUCACACAGCUGCGCAACAGCAUCCAGCAGCAGACGCAGGAGUACCAGAGCCUGCUCAACCUCAAGAUGAAGCUGGAGGCUGAGAUCGCCCAAUACAGGCGGCUGCUGGACGGGGAAGACUUCUCGCUCCAAGACGAGCAUACAGCUGUUCCACAGGCCGAUGAAAUAAAACUGGAUCAGAAGAAAACUUCAUCAUCCUUUUUUAUUUUAUCAUGAUGUAUUUAUUAGUUCAUUUACUUACCCGGAGAUACUUCACAAAAGCUAAAAACUGGAGAAAAAAGGGGGUUGUCGUGGCGCAGGG